UCAAAUGUUUAGUUUUCACACUGAAGUAGGAAAAAUUUUCAGUUUUCAAAUUUUCUUUUAGAUUUCAAUGCUAGUGUGCUAUGUUCAGUGCAUAGUAGGUACUUACUUAAAACGUAGUAAAAUAAUUAUUGUUCUCUUUGAUUAAGUCCAUUCAGUUCCAUUUACACAAGUGUAUUGGUAUUUUUCUUAUUUCAUCAAGAUAUUUGAAAAUAUGACGACUUUUAAGCCGGUAACGCACGUUCUCUUUGAUAUGGAUGGGUUAAUUUUAAAUACGGAAGAAUUAUACACGGUUGCUUACCAAAAUGUAUUGAAUGAUUACGGUAAAACAUAUACAUUUGAAUUGAAAACAAAGUUAAUGGGAUUCCAGUCCCACGAGAGUGCAAAGACUAUAAUUUCGGAACUAAAUUUGCCAUUAACUCCAGAAGAAUUCAAUGAGGCAACUAAGAAACAGUUUGAAUUAAUCUUUCCUGACACUCAAGUUAUGCCGGAUACUGAGGAUUUAUACACGGUCGGGUUUCAAAAAGUGGCCUCGCGCUACGGCAAAAAGUUCACGUUCGAAUUAAAAAGUCGGAUAAUGGGACAGCAGACGAGAGAGUUUGCCGGGAACAUAAUAAAAUAUCUCGAUUUGCCUCUUACAAUCGAAGAUUUUGUAUCAGAGACACGUCAAAUCUUCGAAGAGCUUUUCCCUCAGAGCGAAAUACUGCCUGGUGUAAAGAAACUCAUUUAUCAUCUAAAUCAACACAACAUUCCAAUGGGUUUAGCAACGAGCAGUAGUAAGGAGUCGUACGAAUUGAAAACGCUCAAGCAUCAAGAUUUGUUUGACUUAUUUUCACAUAAAACUUUAGGCUCUUCAGAUCCAGACGUGAAGAGAGGGAAGCCACACCCCGAUAUAUUUAUUGUUGCCGCCAAUAAGUUUCUCGAUAAACCGGAUUUAGAAAAGUGUCUCGUUUUCGAAGAUUCGAUUAAUGGCGUGAAGGCGGCGCGCGCUGCUGGCAUGCAGGUCGUGAUGGUCCCGGACCCGAGACUAGAUCGGAGUCACGCCACCGAAGCUACACUUAUCCUCGACUCAAUGGAGGAAUUUAAACCAGAACUGUUCGGUUUACCGCCCUACGAAUUCUGAAUUGUCCAAAAUAAACGCAAAUUAAGCGCUCUUCACUUCAGUAUACCAUGUAUCUCUAACAAUUAUGUCACGAAAUUUUAUAGGACGAAAUAAUAAAUGCAAAUUUAUACAUAAUAUACUAGCGGCCUGCUCCGGCUCCGCUCGGGUCUUUAACAAAAAUUUCAACGAUAUUUGACGUUGUUUUAUUUUUUUUAAAUAAUAGAACACUUAUUGCAGCAUAACUAUAAUAGUUAGACAUAUGCUGUUGCUACACUUUUUGUAAAUAAUACCGUGUUCCACAAAGUCGUAGUACAUUAUUUUAUUCUAUCAUCAAUAGUUUUCGCAGGGCACGCUAUGUAAAGAAUAUUUUAAGUAAUUUUUUUACACCUUGGGUUACAUUAUUGGGGUUUUAGUAAGGAUCCCUAAUUUUUUUCAAAAAAACACCUUUGUCACUCGAGAAUAGUGUAGUUUCCAAACAGUGAAAGAAUUUUUCAAAUCGGUUCAGUAGUUUCGGAGCCUAUUCAAUAAAAACAAACAAACAAAUCUUUCCUCUGUUAUUAGUAUAGAUAGAUGUAUAUGUUUUCUACGACAGCAAUAAUGUAUUCAAGAUGAACACGCAAAGUGGAAAUAAGUUAAAUUGCAUUUGAAAAGUCUGGACCAUCACUAUACAGGGUGUGUUAAGAAGUGCUUCCGAAAAUAAAGACGGAUUAAUGGGUAGCAAAAAAAAACAUUGUGCGCUAUGUGACAAAAAAAAAUUGACUGACGCGUUCUGAAAUUGUCCUCUUAAAAGGGUUGGGUGACAGUUGUCUGCGUGAUAUUGUCCGUUGACUCAUAAUUUAUAAAAUACCACAUAAUGUCUCAGAGUGAGUGCAGGCGGUUACAUUGUGGUUCUGAACUUUGCUGAGCAAAGGGGAGCCGUGAGCUUAUUUAUUCAAAAAAAAUAUUUUUUUUUUUGUUAAGUUUAAAUAAAUGAAUGUUAGGUAAUUUCUGUUUAUUUUAGUUUCGGCUUGAACUUGAGAAACGAACUAUUUAUUAACACCCUGUAUAAAUCAUAAUAGUACUUAACUAGUAAGCUAGAAUUCCGCUCUACUUUUUAAUUUCUAACUACUCACAUAUAAUGUUACCGUACUUAUAUGGAUAGAAUCUGAACUAUUAGAAUCCCGUCCUGCUUUGAUGUAUGUACUAUGUGUAGACUUGAUUCGUAGCAAUAUAAAAAUGUUAUUUAUGUUUCUAAGCUGCUUUUAAUAUUGUUUCUAUAUAAUAUUAUAUAAUUUAAAUAAUUAAGAUCUGAGUCUUAAACUAAAUUUACUAUUUUAUUUAAUAUUAUUUAUUAUCGUUUAUAAAUUAUGACAUAAUAUCACAGUAUAUUUUAUUUUAAAAAAUAAAGAUGUCUGACAUUAA